AUGCGCCUUGCGCUGUCCUAGAAGUUGCCCUCUGUCUGCGCGAGUUGGAAGUCCUUUCAGCUCCCGUUCCUCUGCUGGCGAUUGAGUGAGACUGAGGUUUUUGUUUGCUCCUAUUCCUUAAUAUAGUGGCAAUGGCGGGAGUCCUGAAGAAGACUACUGGGCUUGUGGGUUUAGCUGUAUGUAACAAUCCACAUGAACGCCUCAAGAUACUAUAUACAAAAAUUCUGGGUAUUUUAGAGAGUAUGCCUCAGGAUGCAGCAUAUAGGAAAUAUACAGAGAAAUUUACAAAUGAACGGUUUGAUAUAGUGAAAGCAGAACAUGAUGUACAAAGGCUGGAAAAGAAACUAAACUCUGGGCAGCUAGAAGAAGUGAUUCUGCAGGCUGAAAAUGAACUUUCCUUAGCCAAGAAAAUGUUGAAAUACCGUCCUUGGGAACCUUUAGUUGAAGAACCUCCAGAAAACCAGUGGAAAUGGCCAGUGUAAUUAACACUGUUUCAACCUUCAGUGUAAACAGAAUUAAUUUCAUUAAAAGAAUGCUGGACAUGA